GAGCUCCUCUCCCGACCCUGAAACCACCACAGAACGAGCGACACAGGAGCUUACAGUUUGAACAGUCCCCCGAUGUUGAGCAUGGAGGUGCAGGUGGACGUGAGCUGCUGUAAAUCAGUAGGAACUGAUCUGUCCAUGCUGGAUAUUGAGGAUUUCAUCAGUCAAAUCUGUCAGCUGAAGAAAGAGGUGGCGUCGCUGGAGGCCAAGCUGAGAGAAAGAGGAGAGAAACUCCAGCCAGAGGCUUCCGCCUGGACCGUCAAGGAUGAUCUUUCCAAACAGAAGUCCAGACGCACGCAGCACUCGGAGCUCAGCCUCAGUUUGCUGUGUUUUACUGACUCUCAGCAGAGUGUGUGCGACAGCCACGGCUCUGUGGAUAAAUCUCCUGUGGAGUCUGACGGUAACACUGGAGAAGAGCAGACGGCGGAGAAAACCAGCUCCGACAAAGCGCAGGACUGCGGGAGCUUAGAAGAGACGGCGGAAGAAAACACUGCGGAGAAAGUGCAGAGCGACUAUGAUGAAGAGAGUGAGGAAGAUGGGAAGGAUGAUCACUGUGAUGAUGAUGACUUCAUUCCUUCAGAUGAAAACAAAGAUUCAUCUGAUGAAGAAACCGCAUCAACUUCAAAACAGAAGCCGAAGACCACUUUCCCCUGCAAACAAUGCAAAAAAACAUUCAGAAAGCUCGGAAAUCUAUUGAAACACGAGCAAAAGCACUCCGGGCAGAAGGUUUUCUUCUGCAAGAGAUGCGACAUCAGCUUUCCCACCUUAAAAGAGCGUCGAGUUCACUCAAAAGUGCACACGGUGAAGAAAGAGUUUCACUGCGAGCUAUGCGGGAAGGUUUCUUUCUCCUCCGGCAAUCUGAAAACACACAUGAAAACACACACCAAAGAGAAGCCGUUCCACUGCAGCGAAUGCGACAAGCACUUCAGCACCAAACAGUCCAUGAUGGUGCACAAGAGAAUCCACACCGGCGAAAGGCCGUAUAAAUGCCCUCACUGCGUCAAGACCUUCAGAGACGGCUCGCAUUUUAAAACGCACAUGCGAUCGCAUGCCAGCGAGCGGCCGUAUCAGUGCAGCGAGUGCGGAAAAACCUUCAAGCAACCCAUUUGUUUAAUUUCACACCAGAAAAUACAUUCAGAAAAAAUGCAUCAGUGUCUACAAUGCGACAAGCGGUUCCGGCAGAUCGCGCACUUGAAGCGCCACGAGCGAAUGCAUUCUGGAGAGAAGCCGUAUUUGUGUUUCCACUGCGGGAAGAGUUUUUCAGAUCCGGCGCAUUUCAGGGUCCACCAGAGAGUCCAUACUGGAGAACGGCCGUACCACUGCAGCGUCUGCGGGAGGAGCUUCCGCCAACACACCAAUCUACUGAAGCACAAGAGGAUUCACACCGGAGAAAGACCUUUUAAGUGUUCACACUGCGACAAGAUGUUCGCGCGGUCGGACGUGCUGAAGAUCCACGAACGAGUUCACACCGGAGAGAAACCGUACCACUGCUCCAUCUGCGGAGAGAGGUUCGCGUAUUUAGGAGGAUUCCAGACGCACCAGAAUAAACAUGUGAAAGAACAGCCGGCUGCGGAAUCAACAUAGAGGCAGUUCAGUGCAUCGGUUGAUCAUGAAACUGUGCAUGUUUGACCCUUGUGUGCUGUUGGGGAUGUUUUCAUCCAGUCUUGUUUGAUUUUGAGUGAUGAUUUGGCCAUGACUUUCCACAACAAAUGGAAUGAUUUUUGGCCACAAAUCUUAUUUGGAAACAUAUUUUGAAAAAAUGCUUUGAGAAAUGGAAAAAAGUUUUCUCAAUACACAAAUUGACUCCCCUUUUAGUUAUGUUGUGGCUGUUUUACCCCAUUGACUUCCAAUAUAAUGACACUUCUGAUUGCAAAAGCUAUGACAACGUAUAUUGCAUGCAUUCUUCAUGGUUAGUGGUUUUCCCUGUUGGGAAGAGGGACGUUUUUACUGUUGCAGUUCAACGAUCAGCCAGAAACUUAUAUUUGCAUAGGCCUAUCUAAAGAGUUAAUGCUGCCAACUGAUGAUCAACAGUAAAAAUGACACAUUUUACUUCUUCCCAACAAGGCAAACCAGCAACAAUCAAGAAUGCAUGACUAUAUGCUGUCAUGCCUUUACAAUUAAAAAACAUGGUUAUAAUGGAAGUCAAUGGGGUAAAAACAGGCCCCAACAUAACCAAAGGGGAGUCAAUCUGAACAAUAUACAAGGGUUAACUCCAGUAGGAGAGGCAGUAGUAACACUGAGCUUUCCUCAAAAUAAUGAAUACUGAAUCAUCGUAGAGUCUUUUCAGCAUUCAGUGCAUUGGUUGAUCAUGAAGCUGUGCAUAUUUAAAGGGAUAGUUCACCUGAAAGUUCUGUCAUCGUUCACUCUCCCUUCCCUUGCUCCAAACUAAUUUAAGUUUCUGUUUUCUGUUAAACACAAAGGAAGAUAUUCUGAUUUUAAAUGGUUUACCUCCUAUAAUACUGGAUUGCGCAUGCCUGUAAUGAGGCAUUUUGUCAUCAACUAUGACAGCAAAAAACAGGAUGAAAUGCAUAUGAAAUGUAUUAUUUUGGAACAUUUCAAGUGUUUUACCUGUUUACUUCUGUAAGGAACUAUUAAUAGCAUUUGAAGACUCAUACAAAGAUUUCCAAAAUACACGGAAAUGUUUUAAAAAUCACUUGUCAAAAUCAGCAUCGGGAAAUCAUUAUAUUAUUUCAUAUUGUUUUAGAAACCGUGGUAAAGGAGCAGUCGAUAACUUUAAGCGCUUUUUAAAGGACUUAUUUUUUUAAAUUGUAUUAUUUCAUCUGUAUUUACAGCUGAAAAUGUUUCCAUUACUCUCUUUGCUUCAUUGGUGGUCAUUACACCAACGUGUUUGUAUUUCCACAGUGGAUAAAGACAGAUUUGUUUGAUUUCCUCCUGUUCUUUUAUAAUAUAUCAUGCAUAAUUAUUUUGAUUUAUUUCUAAACCUUUUGUCACAUCGAUAGUCUUGAUGACACGUCAGCUCUGAUACCUUUUGCAUUGAUUACGAAAUGUAAAUAACAGUAAUAAUGGAAAAUAAGUGCAUGUUUCCUGUAUUUAAAACUCUCAGACGUGGAAUAAAUAAAUAAAUACAAUAGAAACAUUGAGAGAGAA